UGCGCAUGCGCUUGUUGACAAAGAAUCUGAGGUACAAAAUAAAUAAAAACAUCUGCACUCUGCGCAAAAAUAUUUUCCUUCCAAAUACUUUUCAGUCUUAACUUUUAAUUCGUUUGAAAGGAAAUGGACGUGGAUGAUCAGCAAGGAAACUGGCACGACGAUUUCACCACUGCUUCGCAGUGGGAAAUGUUCAUUGCUCGAAUCGAAGAAGCAAUUUACGAUUGGAAGUUGCCUCAAUUGAAAGCAGAGGAUCACCGCUUUAGAAAAAGUUCGCAUCAAGUGGAUGGCAAGCUUGAAUAUGCAGAGACCAAUCUGCAGUUCAGUGAUACAGAUUUCAUUCUGCGCUAUUUUUAUCGCAAUCCUCCUGAGCAAGACAACUCGAAUUCACCUGGCCCUGAGGAUAAGGGUGACAGGCAAUGGGGCCACGAGUUAAUCGAGAGCGACAUCUUAGACGAAGACGGUGAAAAGGAAGUGAAUGGUGUUCAUCCAAUUGAACUUUGGUAUGGAGUUAGCAGAUUUGUGUUGCUUUCUCCUGCACAAAACUAUGCCGCAAUCACCUCCGAGUCCAAAGCAAAACUCCUCCUCAGCUCGGCCAAGAUUGCAAUCAGCAACUCAAAAUGUCCUAUUCCAAUAUUUGUGCAAGUUCAUCAGCCUCAGCAAAGGUACUUCCUUGGCACUUGGCAAGGACCUGGAAUGCAAACCGACUUCACUAUGGUCCAUCUGAGGCAAGCGCCAAAGCACUGCAAAUAUUUAACAGGGCUGCUGGACAUCUUUAAGGGAAAGUUGGCUGCAGUCGCCCACUCCCCAGCUCACGCUCUCGCGACUCCCAUUGAAAUUUCGGCCAGAAUUCACUUCGUCUUGAAAGACUGGCCCAUGAACCAAUGGAUGCAGUCCCCUCCAGAUUUUGAGCUUCUGCAUGGGCAAGUUGGGGUCGAGCACAUUGGUAAACUACCCUUUGGAGCAGAGGCAGACCCUCUGAGGGAGCUCCACUUGCUGGCCCAGUGGAGACGACUGCCAGAAGGUGUUCUCGUAGACCGUGAUGGAUAUUCAGAUUUGGCACCAAGCAUGGCAUCGAGGUGGUCCUUGCAGGCGCACAUGGCCCCACCCUCAUUAGGUCUUCUGGCGAAAUCAUUGGGACGGCUGCUGAAUCUUUGCUCUUCGACAGCAACUUUGAAGCAACUCUUAGGAGACAUGGUCAUGUGUGCCCCAGAAGCUUCCAUAUCGUACACUGACUCGUUGAGUGCGCUGACGGAGCCGAAAGUGCCUAGUUUGUCGAAGUUGGUGCCCAGCAGUCUCAAAUCUGGCAGCAGCAAUCAAGGCACCAGCAUGGCCGGUGGACCGAUUCCUCAUCAAAUGUUGAUGACUAUUCUCUACUACCUGUUUCCCGAUGCUGAUGUUAAUGGACCAGCCAACCCAUAUCCUGAAACAUUUGGACAAGACGAACCCAAAAGCUCAAAUUUUCGAGAAAAGGGAAGCGUCCAAUAUAAGUCUUGCCCGGUUGAUUGCCUGGUUUGGCGUCUUGCUAUUGUCACGGCUCUGGUGGCCGACGCCUCUCAUGGAGGUUUGAGAGCUGCAGCCCAUCUUUGGCAUGAAGUGAAUCAGGAAAUGAGGUACCGUUGGGACCACGCCAUCACCAUUCCAGGACUUGUGCCUGGCUGCCCAGAUCUCAGAUCUUGCAUUCUCUACCAGAAGCUGCAGAUGCUGAACUACUGCAUUCAAAGGAGGCAGGAUAGGGAGAGGAAGGCGCGAUCACAGGCAGACUCUGAUAAUGAGUUUGAAGACGUGUCUGGAGCUUCCAGUGAGGAAGAGGAGGACAAGUUUUAUGAGUGUGAUGAUGAUGAAGCAGAGGCGCCCAAGAAAAAGGAAAAACACUCUUUGUGGGACAAACCAGAGGGUAGAUUGAGCAAGGACGGCAGCCUUCUUCUUAUAGAAUCUAAAGAACCUCUUUAUAUUCCCAUCACACAAGAACCACCUCCAAAAACUGAAGAUCAGCGCCACGAGGAUGCUGAGGUCUUGAUGAUGCUUGGCGAUGACGCCCAGGGAUCAGAACUUAGGGCACAAAUUAUGAGUCCUCUGCUUCUCUCAGACAUGGAGUCUUUCAAAGCUGCAAACCCUGGCUCAUGUUUGGGAGACUUUGUCCGCUGGUACUCUCCUCGUGAUUGGAUCGAGGAGGAAAACAAACUGAGUCCUCGAAUGUUGAUCGAGGGAAACACUUGGCAGGAAUUGUGGUCGGCAGCAAAGCCAGUGCCUGCCGGCAGACAAAAAAGGCUGUUUGAUGACACGAAAGAGGCUGAAAAGGUGAUGUAUUACUUGGAGAGCCAGAAGCCUGCUGACGCAUUUCAAAUGCUGCUUCCGACACUCCUGCAUGCAUCAAUGUGUAGACUUGGGGAAGAGUGGUUGGAAGAUUUAACUCCAAUUUCAGCGUACAACUCCCUUCAAGAAAAAGCCAGCCGAUUAAGCAUGGGAAUGACGCCUAAGCACAAAGAAUACUCGCGAUUUGUCGAUCUGAUUAAUGCAGAGGAGAUGAAGGUGGUGCAGUUUAAUUCGAUCGAGGAAAAAUUCCAGGAUGAAAGUUUUGCGGACAGGGCGUCGGACUUAAAAAAGUUCCUCUGCGAUCUUUUGCGGCAAAAGGAAGUAGAAGUUCCUGAUGGGCCAACAGGCGUUUUUGGACAGAAGCUGCGAAAUAUGUUUUUACAAGCACAAAAGGCUGCUCAUUUGAUUCCGGACGAACUCAACGAAAAGUCAAAUCAACCGCAAGCUUUUCCUGCUCCCAGUGAGCGGGAGUUUUUGCUGAGAGUCAAGGCAUGCGUUCCCUCUCCCGCUUCAACACCAUCUCCCCAAAGGAUCUAUGCUGUUGUGAAAGAUCAGUCCCUAAGACUUGCAGGUGCAUUUUCACAUGAUACAGUUUUCUUCUAAUAUUUGAGUCGGUGUCAAAGUAAAACUACAAGCCUUUGAACCAUUUUGAAACUAAAAGGACUUUCAUGAAUGGCUGUUAAUGCAUACUAGUGCGUAAGUUCUUAUUAUCUCACAUAAUAAUUCAUAUUCUAUAUUUUAUCGGAAACCAUAAAUUGAUGAUAUUUAAUUAUUAGGGGUGAUAUUAAAAUAAAAUAUAAUUUUUUAUUUCCCAAA